CCUUUCGAUGGCGCCGCAUAAGGAAUAGGACGUGAACGGAAGCGGGUGCGUCGUAUCGCGCCGAUCCGGCCUAGUAUGAGCCCACGUCAGCCAUCCGUCCGUCCGUCCGUCCAUCCAUCCAUCUCUCGCUGCACCUGCCCGGCCUGACCGGGCUAACGGCGCUUCAUAAGCCCUCGAAUGGGCACCGGAGCCUGAAUGUGACACCAGCUGUUAGCUGCUUCUCUUGUCCUGCCCGACUGUCAGUCAACCCUUGGUCUCCACCUCGGUCCAUCCCCUGAACCAGCACCCCCUCCACUGCUUCCCAACAUGAGUUCCUCUCCACUGGUGUCACGUGCCAACAUGGACAUACUGGACGAGCUGCAGCUGAUCGCUGCUCAGAACCUUGAGAGUUUAGAGGUCAACAAGUACUAUGAGGUCAUCAGGGAGCUGGGUAAGGGCACCUACGGGAAGGUGGAUCUGGUCGUCCACAAGAUCAGAGGUACAAAAAUGGCACUGAAAUUCCUGAAGAAGAAGACCACCAAGCUGAAGUCUUUUCUAAGGGAGUAUAGCAUCUCUCUCUACCUGUCACCGUGCCCCUUCAUUAUCAACAUGUUUGGCAUCGCCUUUGAGACAGACGACUAUUACGUGUUUGCACAGGAGUAUGCUCUGGCGGGCGACCUCUUCGACAUCAUUCCCCCGCAGGUUGGUCUUCCCGAGGCAGUAGCAAAGCGCUGUGUGCACCAGGUAGCCAUAGCUUUGGACUACCUACACUGCAAGAAGCUUGUCCACCGGGACAUCAAGCCAGAAAACAUCCUUAUUUUUGACAGAGAGUGCCGCAAGGUCAAGCUCUCCGACUUUGGCAUGACCCGCCGAGCAGGCUCACCGGUCAAAAGGGUGAGCGGCACCAUCCCUUACACCGCCCCGGAGCUGUGCGACAUGUCACGCAAUGAGGGCUUCUGCGUGGACUACAGCACGGACGUGUGGGCCUUCGGCGUGCUCCUCUUCUGCAUGCUGACGGGCAACUUCCCCUGGGAGAAGGCGCUGCCCUCCGAUGCCUUCUACCAAGAGUUUGUCCGCUGGCAGAAGCGGCGGACGAGCGUGGUGCCAUCGCAGUGGCGCCGCUUCACCGAGCAGGCCCUGCGCAUGUUCCGCCGGCUGCUCUCCGUGGAGCAGGAGCGCCGCUGCUCCGUCAAGGAGGUGUUCGGAUACUUCAGCCACUGCUGGAUGCUUGACAACCCGGACGGCACCACCGGCACCAUCUCCUCCUCCUCGUCUGGCGAGGAGGAGGAUGAGCUGCUGGUGGAAAGGAUGAAGCAGCAGACUCUAUCCCCAUCCUCGCCUCUGUCGCCAAUGGCAGUGGAGCGGGGGAGCGUGGGGCCUACCAAGGCCGGGGUCGUGGAGCCCGGCGGCGGGGGCCACCACUUCGUGUCCGUCUCCACCACCAGCUCGGUGUCCUCCACCAACAGCUAUGAACGCGUGCCCAGGGAAAACAACUCCCCGGGGGGCCGCAUGCUGGUGACCACCCCCAUAGAGAUCUGUGUGUGA